AACAACCCCCCUCUCAAGAAGACCAUACAAAGACAUUUUUAGAAUAACGACACUCUCUUUACCUGUAAUAAAUAGCGAGCAGUGCCCUCUUGUCUACUUCAACCCUUGCAAUAUUUCUACAACCACAAGAUCUUCCAAUUUAAACCGCACGUUACAUCAGCGUCAUCAUGGCAGGCGCAGGUGGAAAGAGAAUCGCAAAGGAGCUCAACGAAGCUACAAACCCUCCCCUGCCAGGAAUCCAGGUCACCCUCGGCGAAGACUCCGAUAUUCAUCAUUGGAAUGUCAUAAUCGAAGGACCUCCGGAAUCUCCCUAUGCCGGUGGCCUAUUCAAGCUCCUCCUCGUGCUCCCGACCGAAUACCCCUUCAAGCCCCCGAAGAUCAACUUCAAGACCAAGAUCUACCACCCGAACGUCUCGAACGAUGAGCACGGCUCGAUGUGCCUCGGCAUGCUGAAGGGUGACCAGUGGAAGCCGUCUACUAAGAUUGUGGGCGUGCUGGAGGCGGCGCUACAGCUGCUGUCGGAACCGGUGCCGGAUGAUGCAGUCGAGACGGGGAUAGCGGAGGUGUAUAAGAAUAAUCGCAAUGAGUUCAAUAAGCAGGCCAAGGAGUGGACGAAGAGGUACGCGAAGUAGGGUGUGGGUUUGUGAUGGGAUGGAGAGGGU